AUGGACAACAAUCCUCUUGAUACUUCGUCUAAUGUUGACGGAGAUUCACCCGCAAUACCCCCAGACUCACAAAAACCGCCUAUCAUUGAAUCUUCCACAAGGUCAAUAGGUAGUUCGUCGACUCCCCUUAAUAACAAUAGUGAUUCCUCUCAACAAGCGGUUUCAAUGCCAACGCCAGCUCUUCAAAGACAGUCUAGGUCCGCUUUAUCUUCGGUAUGGUCCUCUACGCCAAACUCUUCUUCUCUUGCUACUACCUCUGUGAGGGCAACAGCUGCAGGCUCAAGGCAGGUUAGACGGAAUUGGUGGGGCUAUAUUAUAGAAAGCUUUAGAUCUAUUUCUAGAACCUCGAAGGUGUUGCUAAUUAUGUCUUUAGUGUUAGUUAUUAUUCAGGUCGUUGUCACGAUUACGAUUCUUGUUAUAUCAGCGUUACGCAAUAGGACGUGCGACAGACCUCUUAAUGUAUUUCUAAUAUUAUACGUUAUCAGAGUGAUAGUCGCAUGCCCAGUAAACGUGUAUUUACAUUUAAAUCCCAGAGAUCAUAGACGUAAUGGACAAAACCAAGAUAAUAAUGAACCAGUAAGAAGAGACUCAUGGGUUGAUCGGAUUCUUCAUGUUGGUGAUGCUGUUGGAAUUAGCGGUGCCAGUGAGGACAUAAUUCAAAAAAUUCCAUUGGUAAAAUAUAAAUCUCUUCGUGAAGAAUCUGAUGUAUCAGAAAGUCAAACAACGGAUACUGUUAUAUCAGUGUCACAGACAGAAUCGAGUCAUCAGCCAAUAUCUCCACCGUCACAAAAAAAAUCACGGUUUAAUAUAUUUGGAAGUAGAACUAAAGACUCUGCUAAUAUUUCGCCAGCAGCACCACAAACACUUACUAUUCCUAACCCUGAUGACGCAGUCUGUUCUAUCUGUCUUUCAUCAUAUGAAGAUGGUGAUGAACUUCGAAAUUUAUGGUGUUCACAUCAUUUCCAUAAAGAUUGCGUUGAUGAAUGGCUAUCAUUAAAUAGACGUUGCCCAAUGUGUCGUAUGGAUGUCGUUGAAAUGGCUAAUGAACGGAAUAGAAGGGGGAAAAGCACAAAUGACAAUGACAAUAAUAAUGUUGGUGAAGGAAGUAGUGGUGCCGUUGGUCAAAUUCCAAGUAGUCAAAGUGAAUCAGCCGAAGAUGUGGCUCAUAAUGUAUAA